CAUUAAUGCCAGCUCUUAAUUUCUAACCAAGUCUAUAGUGUCUGAAAGCUAGCAUCGUGUUUAUCUCUGAAAAUCCAGAAAUGGCAGCAACAUUGCAAACUCCGCUCUAUGCAGCUAUCUCCUCUUCUCCUGCAUCAUCAUCAUCAUCAUCAUCUUCCAUUCGAACAACAACAUCAUUCUCCUUCUUCCGUUCUACACCGCCACCAACUCUCCUCUUCAACUCCAAAAACUCCUUCUCUUUAAUUCGCGCUUCCUCCACUGACACUGUUAUCACUGAAUUGGAUGCUGUUUCCGCUUUCAGUGAGAUCGUUCCAGAUACCGUUAUUUUCGAUGAUUUCCAAAAGUUUCCUCCAACUGCUGCUACUGUUAGUUCAUCACUGAUUUUGGGGAUAUGUGGUCUUCCGGAUACUAUUUUUAGGAAGGCUGUGGAAAUGGCUUUGGCUGAUUCUGAAUGUUAUGGACUUCAAGAUCCUAAUGCAAGAUUAUCUUGUUUCGCCACCAAGGCUUUAGUGAAUGUUGGUAGUGACAUGACAAAGCUUGUCCCUGGCCGUGUUUCAACUGAAGUGGAUGCGCGUCUUGCUUAUGACACACAUGGCAUUAUCAGGAAGGUGCACGACCUGUUGAAGUUGUACAAUGAUAGUAAUGUCCCUCAUGAACGUCUGCUAUUUAAAAUUCCUUCAACAUGGCAAGGAAUAGAGGCUGCAAGAUUGCUGGAAUCAGAGGGCAUACAAACACAUUUGACUUUCGUUUACAGCUUUGCCCAAGCUGCUGCUGCCGCUCAAGCUGGUGCUUCUGUUAUUCAAAUUUUUGUUGGCCGCGUCAGGGACUGGGCGCGUAAUCAUUCUGGUGAUAAAGAGAUAGAAUCUGCCAAGCUAAAUGGAGAGGAUCCCGGGCUGGCAUUGGUCACAAAGGCUUACAAUUAUAUUCACCAAUAUGGACAUAAGUCAAAGUUGAUGGCAGCAGCAGUUCGUAACAAGCAGGACCUAUUUAGUCUUCUGGGGGUUGACUACAUCAUAGCUCCAUUGAAGGUGUUGCAGUCUCUCAAAGAAUCCGUUGCUUCUGGUGAUGAGAAGUACUCUUUCGCUAGGAGGUUAUCACCGCAGUCUGCUGACCGCUACAUGUUUAGUGAUGAAGAGCUUGUUAAAUGGGACCAAAUGAGCCUUACAAAUGCCAUGGGGCCAGCAGCAGUGCAGCUUCUGACUUCUGGGCUGGAUGGUUAUGCUGAUCAAGCAAAGCGGGUGGAAGAUUUAUUCGGGAAAAUUUGGCCACCACCAAAUGUAUAAUUUUACCUCUUACGAUGUUUAGGCUGAUGGAAUAAACAGAACAUACAGCAGAUGGAGGGAAUCUUCUGUUUGCUUUGUCAUUUCUCUCAUGAACUCUGGAACAUUUUCAGUUUUUUUCCAUGUAAAGCACCCAGUUCCUUAAAAGCAAAAUUUAUUAUCUUUAAGACAAUUUGCUAUUGUCUUGAGUUUAGGAUCCUCUCCUCCAUUACUGUAGUUGUAUACAUAUUUCUAAAAUAUGGCAUUUAUUGAGCAUUUAUGUGACUUAUGCA